AUGGCAAUUGGAAUCGGCGAGUAUAAUUUUCAACAACUUAAAAAGAUUUCUUCGUCUGAGUCACAUGUUUACACGCUGUCUACUUUUACCGAACUUGAGAAAUUCAUUUCCACGCUAACGGCGUCAACGUGCUAUGAACCCUGUCCUGCGCAUCUCAACGAGACCAUUAUAACAAAUGUAGCAAAGGACACGCAUCAGUAUUUCAGUUACAAAGUAAGCGAAUCUUCAAACCUCGAAAUCAGCGUAGCCGAUUUAUCUGGUAGCACGCUUGUUUACGUCUCUCGCACUAAUCCUCACCCUUACAAGUACGACAAUGACAUUUCCUUCGACCUUUCACAGCAAAAGAAGAAAAUCAUGGUCAUUUCAGCUCGUCCCACACCAGAUACAAAGGGAAAACGGUCAACCAACGACGAGCUCACACGACAAAUCUAUGUCUCGGUAACUUCCGACACCGACUCGGCUCGCUUUAACAUUGAAGCCAAGGAAUGUGAUCCUUCAAACUGUACGGAGGGAACAAAUGAAACGCCUACACCUCCGAUUCCGAUAUCCUCAGGUGGUAUUUUUACUGCUACAAAAUUCGUGGUGCUAAGCUUUGCGAUGUUGAGGAUACUUUUUGAAUCAUAUGGCAUUUGA